AUGUUUGACGAUGCUGCAGAUAUCGAUCUGGAGUUGGCACUGCUGAAGGCAGAACCUUUGAAAGCAUUGCAAUCUUUGCAGUCAAAACUGCCUCAGCUUGCUCCACAGCUACGGCGUCAGCGCCACUUGCUUUGUCCUCUAUGCUGCAGCGGCGAUGACGAGGUGGCAGCAGCCGCAGCCAAGCUUUUGGAUCAGCUGGCAGAGCCAGAAGCGACUUUUUGUGGUGGUCGUCGGACCUUUCACUAUCGCGGCAUCGAGGUGGAGUAUUGGGAACUCGACGAAGAUCCUGGUGAUCUGCUUUUCGGCUAUGGUGCUUGGCCAGUGGCUGAAUCUCUCUCAAAACUGCUCAUCAAUUCGACUUUGUCGGAGCACGAUUCACAAGUUGUUCCAUCAGUGCACGGCAAACACGUACUCGAGAUAGGUGCCGGUGUGGCGCUGGUAGGGCUCACCUGCUGUGCUUGUGGGGCCAAAGUUCGGUUGACGGACGGGGAGAACCGCUUGGUCAAAGCUUUAGAGGAGCAUCAUGGACAUCACAACGAUCUAAGCUUUGAGGUCCUUGAUUGGAACGUGGAUCAAGGCGUGGAGCAAUUUGACAUCAUCGUGGCCUCGGAUGUGUUGCUUUGUUGCUGUGGUGCUCCAGAAGCGCUGCCAGCAGUCCUCUCCAGACGCCUCAAGCUGGAUGGCAAGGCUUUGCUGUUGAACGUGCUUCGCGGUGCACGCGCGCAGCUGAUUGCCAUUUCAUUACUUCAACGACACGGUUUUUUGGUUUCGAUUUUUGCCGUGGCCUCGUUGGACAUGUUACCGCUUUCGACGGAGCAGAUCUCUAAGUUGCCAGAUGCAGCGCAUGUUUUGCUUGUUGUGACGUGGGCAGAGGAACAAAUGCCUCUACCAGCCUCUACCACUUGA